AUGUGUUACAUUGAAAAGAAUAUUCCAUCUCAUGCUAAUUCUCAUCAACAACAUAUACUUGCCAUUAGUCGCAAUCUACGUCGAUAUUAUAUUGCACGAAUACUUAACUUAAAUGCGACUGUUACAUCUGAACGUCGUUUAUCAACUAAUUUAAGAAAUGAAUUAGAUUAUAAAAGAAAUGAAUUAGAUUAUGAAAGAAAUGAAUUAGCUUAUGAAAGAAAUGAAAAUGUCUCACUUAAUAAUCAAUUAACAAAUGAAAGAUUAUAUCAAGCUGAAAUUGUUAUCGAUGAUAUUAUUGUAGAAAUUGAGAAUAAAGAAGAAGUAGUUCGAUUUUAUUUGACAUAA